CUUUGAGCUCAGCCCUCCAAGAGCGCCUUCACCUGGCUGCGCCGCAGUGCUCACUCAGCUCUACAGCAAACUCAAUCUGCAUCUCGUGCGUGGCUCCAAUCACGCGUCACCCGCUACAGGGUGAACAGGUAUGCGCGAAAAAUGCAGCCCACUUCCAGCUGAUGAAGACGGCGAGCGCGCACAGGUCGCUAGAAGAACCAGCAGAGGUGGAGAAAUCUGUGCGUCUUUUCGCUUCGGGGACAUGUGCUAAGUAACCGAGGAGGCGGGGGUGGGGGGGUGUAUCAACAUGCACUAAAGGAGAAAUCUGACAACCAGGUACAAGAGCGCUCCGUCCGACCGGACCUUCUUUCUGAACUUUACCCGCCGAGCUUUGGCGCGAUGGCCGCGGCUCCCGCUGCAACUCUGGGGGAAGUUGGAGGCGUCCUGCAUGGCAUCCACGGUGUCGCUCAGGUGGCGUCCCACUUCUUCCUGACACCUCCGGGGGACAGCCCGACUCUCCUGGGCGAGCACCUUUUACCUGGGGACAAGCUGUACCAGAGCAACCAGGCGGAUUUGACGCACCUGAAAGGCACUCUGAGGAGGAGGCAGCUCUACUGCAGAACUGGGUUUCACCUGCAAAUACUUCCGGAUGGUACAGUGCAGGGGACGAGGAGGGACCACAACCGCUUUGGUAUUUUGGAAUUCAUAAGCGUUGCUGCAGGAUUGAUAAGCAUUAGAGGUGUGGACAGUGGGCUUUACCUGGGGAUGAACGACAAAGGAGAGUUGUACGGCUCUGAAAGGCUCACCGCUGAAUGUGUCUUCAAGGAGACGUUUGAGGAGAACUGGUAUAACACCUACGCUUCCAACCUUUACAAACACAGAGACAAAGAACCUUAUUUUGUGGGAUUAAAUAAAGAUGGGACGCCGAGGAACGGGACUAAAUCCAAGCGGCACCAGAAAUUCACGCACUUCUUGCCCAGGUUUGUGGACCCUGAUCGCGUGCCAGAGCUGUACAGGGAUAUCCUGGGACACAGCUGAGACACGGAGACCCGCUGGUUCAGAUCAGGAAAAAGCUGCCUAAAGCCCUGGCAGGCGAGGAGGAGAAGAGAGGGACGCAGGCGGCGAUGAGGCCGACGCAGGCUGGUGGACAGCAGGCCAACCGGCAGGGAUAAAGGCACCGGGGCCUCUUGUAGGAAUGCAUGGGGCCAUCUCUCGGCAGCCACGAAGACAGGCUAGAUUGUCUUUGCAUGAGGGGCUCGUUUGUUUCUGAGACCGGACUCAAAGGGACUGUGUGGAAAUGGAUACAAAUGGGAAACAGAGCUGAGGGGCUGCGGAGCAUCUCCUCUGUUGUCUGCUGAACUGAGACGUCAGCUGGCAUGGAGCGGUGGGAACCUGUAAUAUUCCCACAAUGUUCCCAAGGUGCUCUGACAGGGAGCCAUCGUUUGUUUAGAAGGACUUUGAAGGAAUUUUCUUGUUUUUUCCUUUUACCUGUAUGGAGAACUGUGUGGAAACAAAGUAUAGACGUUUAUUUAUUCAUUUCAAAUACAUGUAUUUAUGCUAUAUAUUUAUUUAUUUGAGAAUAUAUUUUUACAUGUACCCUGAAACAUAGAAACACCACUAGAAACUGUAUCCACUAUAUAAAAAUUGUACUUUUUUAUAC